AUGAGUGCCACAAGAGGAGCUUGGAUUGUAGCAACAAGCAUUUUUGCAGUUGAGGCUCUGAAAGAUCAAGGGUUCUGCAGAUGGAACUAUGCCCUUAGGUCGGUUCAACAACGUGCCAAAACCAACCUCAUUUCCUAUUAUAAGGCUCACAGAGUUUCUGCUAUGCGGUCCUCUUCAGUGAUCUCUGAGUCCGGCGAACUUAUGGUGAUCGCCAACCACCACAAGUCUCUCUCUGAGGGGAUGUUCUGGAGGUUAUUUCCGUUCUGGCAAUCAGGAACAACUUCUUCGUCCUCUUCUUCAACUCAGAGCCACCAAAACGGUGUUGGAUCAAGCACUCGCUCUUCGAAUUCUGUUUCUUCUGUCGCAAAAUCUCUCCUUCCGGUCAGGCGUAGACUCCGGUUUGAUCCAGCUAGCACUCUAUACUUUCCUUAUGAACCGGGCAAACAGAUCAGGAGUGCCGUUGGAAUAAAGAAUAAGAGCAGGUCUCAUGUGGCUUUCAAGUUUCAAACUACUGCACCAAAGAGUUGUUACAUGCGACCACCUGGAGGAAUUCUUGCUCCUGGAGAAAGUCUCAUUGCUACUGUGUUCAAGUUCAUGGAGCUUCCAGAGAACAAUGAGAAACAAUUAGAUCACAAGAACAAGGUGAAGUUCAAGAUCAUUAGUCUGAAGAUGAAAGCAGGAACAGAUUAUGUACCUGAGUUGUUUGAUGAGCAAAAGGAUCAAGUAGUUGUUGAACGUAUUCUGCUUGCUGUGUUUUUAGAUGUGGAACGCCAUUGUCCUGCACUAGAAAAACUAAAGCGUCAGUUGGCCGAAGCUGAUGCCACAGCAGAAACACGCAAGAAACCUCUAAUAGACACGGGUCCUCAAGUUGUUGGGGACGGGCUUGUCAUAGAUGAAUGGAAAGAGCGAAGGGAGAAAUACCUUGCUCAGCAACAGGUUGUGGAAGUAGACUCUUUGUAA